UGUUUUAUGUUGGCUCGAGUUGGAUCGUCAGUGACCUCGUCGUGCAUAUGUAGUGUGUAGAGCAGUGUUAUUUUUUAUUUUAUACAUUUAUAAUUACUUGGGCUCUUGCCGAUUGCCGAUUGAAGAGUUCGAAUUGUAUGAAAUGUCGCUUGCAGAUGUCGGAUCGUCGAAUCCGGCAAUAAACUGUGAGGACAACGGCACAGUCAGCACAGCACCGGUCGACGAUAUAGACCUAACCUUCGACAGCAGUUUGGCCUGCUACUCGUUGGCCGACGAGUACGAUGAGAAUCUCGGCUUUUCCGACUCGAUCACCAUCGUAUCGAUGGGUGGCGAGGGUCCCGUUCUGGUACAGCGAAAAGACGGAGAUGUCGAUAGUGUCACGACGGAAUCGGAAAUUCCGUACUCAAGCGUACAUAGCCCACCGGUUAAAUUUAAUUCCAUGCACAGGAACAUCUUCGUCCCCGGUCUGGAAAUCAACGUUGAGAUUAUAGACUACGAGCGCAGCUUGACGGCGCAUAUUCUAAAUCCAAAUCUAUACACAAUCAAAUUCACACAUGGUCAGUUCACGUGGACAAUCAAAAAACGGUAUAAUCACUUUCGGAAUCUGCACCAACAGUUGACCACAUUUCGAACGUCACUCAACAUCCCCUUCCCCACCAAGAGCCACCGGGAACGACGGACCAGUUUUCGGAAUAUGCACAAUGUGCACCAGAGCACAGCUUCGCCAACGAUGAAAAUGAAGCUAGAGAAACCCAACAAAAAACGAAAACGUGGUGCUCUGCCAAGAUUCCCACUGAAACCCGACUCUCUAGUAUCGUUCGAUGCAAUUCCCGAACGCAAGAAGCAGCUUGAGGAAUAUUUGUACAACCUCCUGAACAUUUCUCUUUAUCGGAACCACCAGGACACGAUAAAUUUCCUCGAAGUAUCGCACAUUUCCUUCAUCGCUGCACUUGGUGAGAAAGGCAAGGAAUGUCUGGUAAAGAAACGCACAGGAUCGACCCGUGCUGGACAAGCCGGAUUCAAUUGCUGCGGUUGUCUGACAGCCGGUUGCUGCAUCCGGUGUAGCUACUUUUGUUCGGAUGUUGUUUGGAGUAAGUGGCGCAACAGAUGGUUUUUCGUGAAGGAAACCUGUUUCGGGUACUUCCGGCCGAAGGACGGUGUGCUACGAUGUGUGGUACUCUUUGACCACGGGUUCGAUAUAUCUUCGGGUAUGUAUAGUACGGGCAUGCGCAAUGGUUUGCAGAUUGCGACCAACAGCCGUUACCUGGUUAUCAAGCAUCCUACUCGUCGGACGGCUAAGGAAUGGAUGUCCUUUAUGAAACGGGUUGCAAACGAGACGGCACGUGACUUUACCAUGCCGAAUCCGCACCAGUCCUUUGCACCGAGUCGUCCCGGAAUGCAAGCCGGAUGGUUUGUGGACGGCGCUAGCUAUAUGAGCGCUGUUGCAGAUGCCCUGGAGGGAGCGACAGAGGAGAUUUUUAUCACGGACUGGAUGCUAAGUCCGGAGAUUCAUAUGAAGCGACCAGCCCUCGACGGGGAUUAUUGGAGGUUGGACAAAAUUCUCAAGCGAAAAGCGGAACAAGGAAUCAAAAUAUUCGUGCUGCUAUUCAAAGAGCUUGACUUUGCUCUUGGGAUUAAUAGUUACUAUAGCAAGCAGAAACUGGUGGAGCAACAUGAGAAUAUUAAGGUGCUCCGACAUCCGGACCAUGCUCGGGCCGGUAUCCUUUUCUGGGCACACCACGAAAAGUUGGUGAUAAUCGAUCAAACGUACGCAUUUGUCGGUGGGAUCGAUCUGUGCUAUGGCCGAUGGGAUGACUACAAACAUCGACUAACCGAUUUGGGGAGCAUUUCCAGUAGCAACUGCAGUUCGGUCAAUAAUACCACGAUGCGAAAACCAUCCACGGUCGUAGAACUGGACGGAGGAGGCGCGGUAUCGAAUCUGAUGAGAGCAUCGAAAAAUAUUGCGGAAGCAACGGCACUGGAUACGGUCGACAGGGGAUUGCCGGUGCUGGAGCCAGGGGAAAAGUUGCUCGUCGCGGCCGCACAAAAGUUGAGCCAAUCACCACCACAGAAAAAUGAAACCGAGGGGAUACCGGAAAACAUAAAGAAGGAUACACCCGAAAUGGAACGAAAGAAUAUCAUGGGAAAGAUUAAGGACAUGGGAAGAGAUCUGAAGAAUAGAAUUAUCUUAUCUGAUAGUGAAGGAGAGCAACCCGGGAAAAGCAGUUCUAGCAGCCCCGGCUACUUAUCCGACGAAGAGAGUAGGAAAAAGAGCAAUUUGGAAAAGGAAGAAGCUGUGCCAACUAAUGAAGUGCCUCCUAGCGAAGUAACAAGUCCAGUUCCGUUCAAAAGUAAAAUCGUGUUUGAACUGGAUGGACAAGCUAAACUCUGGAUCGGAAAAGAUUAUAUUAAUUUUAUCGUGAAGGAUUUCUCUAAUCUAGAUAUGCCUUAUGUAGAUCUCGUGGAUCGCUCAACCACCGUCCGUAUGCCAUGGCAUGAUGUAGCUACCGUUGUGCUCGGUCAAGCCGCCCGUGACGUCUCUCGCCAUUUCAUCGAACGAUGGAACGCAGUCAAACUGGAGAAAUGUCGAGAAAAUGUACAGUAUCCGUACCUGUUGCCGAAAAGCUAUAAUGAUAUUCGGAUAGACAGCCGGUUUCUGGAUGUCCCAUUACAGCACGUAACUUGCCAAGUAUUACGCAGUGCGUCUAGCUGGAAUUGUGGUUUCAUAGAGCAAGACUAUGUUGAACAAAGUAUCCAUGAAGCUUACGUGCAAACCAUUUCUAAAGCUCAACAUUACAUUUACAUUGAAAAUCAGUUCUUCAUCAGUUUGGAAUUUGGUAACCCGACCGUGAAAAACCAGAUUGCAGAGUACCUUUUCAAGCGCAUUAUGCGGGCUCAUCGGGAGAAAAAGAUCUUUCGAGUGUACGUGGUGAUGCCUUUACUUCCUGGCUUCGAGGGGGAUGUCGGCGGUGCUUCGGGAAUCUCGCUACGGGCCAUUACCCACUGGAACUAUGCAUCUAUUUGCCGGAGUAAAAGUGCGAUUCUAACUCGGUUGAGCGCAGCGGGUAUUAAGAAUCCUCUCGAGUACAUAUCGUUUCACAGCCUUCGAACGCAUUCAAUGUUGAAUGGUGUUCCGGUAACUGAACUUAUUUAUGUUCACUCAAAACUACUAAUUGCUGACGAUAAGGUGGUCAUCUGUGGAUCAGCUAACAUCAAUGAUCGAUCACUGCUUGGAAAAAGAGAUUCUGAGGUGUGCGUUAUGAUUACGGACGAAAGUUUCGAGGAGGGACGCAUGAACGGUGAAUCCUACCCCUGCGGUGUUUAUGCCGGAAAGUUACGCAAGUAUCUGUUUAAGGAACAUCUUGGUUUGUUGGAGACGCUUACCAAUCGAAGUCCCGUCGAUGUCACCGAUCCGGUGAUCGACUCCUUCUGGAAUGGUACAUGGCGAUGGACUUCGCGCAAAAAUACUCGUCUGUUUGACGAAAUCUUCCGAUGCAUUCCAUCGGAUAAUGUACAAUCGUUUGUAAUGCUGAAAAAGUUUCUCGAAGAGAAAAGCCUAGCUCAAACGGACCCGGAGGGAACGCAGAAAGCACUGCAGCGGAUCGAAGGCAAUCUGGUGGAUUUGCCGUUGAAAUUUUUGGGCAACGAGGUUCUAACGCCACCGGGAACCAGCCGGGAGGGCAUCAUGCCCACCUAUAUGUGGACGUGAGCGACUGUUGUUGAAAGUUUUGUAUUAUUUUAACGUUAACAAAGUGACACAGUUCUUGUGGGGGUAAACAGUAUCAAGUUUCAGGAAGCAUUCCAUGGGAGCAAUUUUAUUUUUUAGUUUUC